GACUGCAAACUGGUUUGCGGCGCGUAUCCGCUGCACGUAGUACGCGUGGCCUGGUCGCUCGCUCGCUACACGCACAGAAGAAGACUAUAGCAUAUAUACCCGAGCGGAGUCGAGCGAGCGCAGAUGUAACAGCGUGCGUGUGUGUGUCUCCCGUGGAAAGGAGGAGGAGAGGAAGGUACCCUGGCUCCUGGUGUCGUUUCUCGCUACCGAAGGGUCACACAUCAAAUGCGGACGUUCGUGCAGUGAGUGACGCAAUGCUGAAACUCAAUGGACAUCAGCGGUACUUGCCGCCCCCGCCUCUCACCCACUACAGUCAGCAGAAUCUGUCAGUCCUAGGCACCAGUCGCGAUGACCUGCACAGCAACUACACUACUAACUACACCAAGUACACGUCCGAGCGCCACCUCGACGACAUGCACGACUGGGCCAUCUAUCGGACGAACGUCAACUCCAAGUACGCCGGUGGCGCCAUGCAGCGCAUGCAGCCGCUGCCCUUCGGCGAGUUCUAUCUCGAUCCGUCGACCGUCGAUUCACUGCACGCGAGCGCCAAGUACCAACAGGCGUCUGCGUUUGCAGCUGAGAGCGACCCACACAUGUACAUAGAGUUCGGCCUGCCUCGGCUGGCGACAAAGAGCGCUACUUCGAGCAAGGUAUACUCCUCCGUCAAUCUACCCAUCGAGAAAACAGCGCACCCGUGGCAGAAACCGCAGCGUAAGUUGGCGCACAGCAGCGGUGACGUCAGCGAAGAGCGCGCCAGUGGCGACGCCAAGCGGCCCUACCAGCGCAGCCGCAGCUACGACGCCAUCUUGGAGGAGCCUUCUCGCGAGGAUACGGCGCACCUUAUCAGCGCCAGGGAGCGCAAGGAGCGGCGUGAGGAGAUGCGGCAGUUCAGUCGCUCGCAGCCCCAAGGUGUGGAGAACUACGCUUACAGCGCAGACGACGUGCACGACCAGCGCAACAUCGACCAAUGGGAGAGCACGUGGGAGCGCAUCAGCGCUAGCGUAGCGAAGAAGCGACCGCUGAGUCACUACCAGGACGACGUCGCGUCGGCCGUCAACGCCAAUCUCAAGGUCGCCGCCGACAGCUACUACAAGCCGACGUCGUCGAACCUCGCCUACGAUACGCAUCCGGCGAACUACCGCCGACCGGCCGAGGAGCGAUACACGUUCGAGGAACACAAGAGUCGGGGCUUUCUCGAGAAUAGCUGGCAAGGGUUGGGUUCGAUCGACGCGUUGCGCGCCGUACCCUACCCGCACCUUCAGCUGCGCAAUCUGACGCACGAGGUGAAGAGCAAGCAGCAAGGAGGAAGAAUCCCGAAGCAGAGGACGUCGCGCAGAAUACUCGACAACCUCUCGUUUGAGGUUCACGGCGGAGAGAUCAUGGCGAUCAUGGGACAUUCCGGAUCUGGCAAGACGUGCCUUCUAGAGAUUCUAGGCAAUCGAAUGAGGAAUGGCAAGACAGUUGGCAGUGUCGUGCUUAACGGCAACCUUGGCACAACUAGCGACCUCUAUAAGAAGGUGGCGCACGUACGUAAGGAGACACACCUCGUGCCCUACCUCACUGUCGCGCAGACCCUCAAGUUCUUCCUCAUGUUUAAGAAGCCGGAACACAUGGGCUGGAAAAGCAAGUCAGCCAUGCUGAGGCAGGCAAGUAAGCGCCGGAGUACGGGCAACGCCAGGCAGGCAUGA